AUGUCUACCAUCAAAUUGAACAACGGUCAUGAAAUGCCUCAGGUCGGCUUCGGCUGCUGGAAAGUCGACAAUGCCACCUGUGCUGACACCAUCUACAACGCUAUCAAAGUAGGAUACAGAUUGUUUGACGGUGCUCAGGAUUACGGCAACGAGAAGGAGGUUGGUGACGGUAUCAAGCUUGCUCUUGAUGAGGGUUUGGUUGCACGUGACGAGCUUUUCAUUGUGUCUAAGCUUUGGAACAACUACCACGACCCAGCCAACGUCGAGACUGCUUUGGACAGAACCUUGAGCGACUUGCAGGUUGAUUACUUGGACUUGUUCUACAUCCACUUCCCAAUUGCUUUCAAGUAUGUCCCACACUCCGAAAAAUACCCACCAGGUUUCUACUGUGGAGAUGGCGACAACUUCCAUUACGAGAACGUGCCAUUGCUUGACACUUGGAAGGCAUUGGAGAAAUUGGUCCAAAAGGGCAAGAUCAGAUCCAUUGGUAUUUCCAACUUCAGUGGUGCAUUGAUUCUUGACUUGCUUAGAGGCGCUGAGAUUCCUCCAGCCGUCUUGCAGAUCGAGCAUCAUCCAUACUUGCAACAACCUAAGUUGAUCAAGUGGGUUAAGGAGAAGAACAUCGCCAUUACUGCAUACUCAUCCUUUGGGCCUCAAUCUUUCGUUGAAUUGGAUCAUCCUAAGGUUAAGGAUUGUGUCGCUUUGUUCGAGCACAAGGAUAUCUUGUCUAUCGCAAACACACACAAGAGAUCUGCAGCACAGGUGUUGUUGAGAUGGGCCACACAAAGAGGCCUUGCAGUCAUUCCAAAGUCCAACAAGACCGAACGUUUGUUGGCCAACUUGACUGUCAACGACUUCGACCUUUCUGAGAGUGAGAUCGACACCAUUUCCAAGUUGGAUGUUGGAUUGCGUUUCAAUGACCCAUGGGACUGGGAUGAGAUUCCAAUCUUCCACUAA